AUGGAAAAGUCCAGUCGGUCGGUGCAUGCACAGACUGGCCCUCAACUACUCAGCCUUGGUAGCACUGGGUUUACGUUCAAGUUGAGCAAAUACAUCGUCGUCAAGAAGGUCCGCCCUGGCCGAGAUCGCAACUUGGCUAAUGAACGAACUAUUUUCGACAUACUCGAGCGUUAUCCCCCGUCGCCGUACAUUGUCCGAAGUUUCUACCGAACCGAGCAAGCGAUCUUCCUAGAAUAUGCCACGAGUGGGGAUCUUGCAUCCCUUCUCAGGGAAGAACAGCAGAGAGACGAGUCAUCUCGGCGGGUGAUCGGGGUUGCGAGAAGACAACCCCUGGAGCGUUGCCUCCGUUGGAUGAAGCAGCUUGGCGCUGCUGCCGCUUGGCUUGAAGAACUCGGUGUGGCCCACUGCGACGUUCGUCCUGGGAACAUGCUCUUGUAUCCCGCUGGACACGUGAAGCUAGCAGACUUUGACCGUACGCUCAAGAUAGGAGAGGACAUGUUGUCUGGAACGGAGCCAUUUGCCAGACUCCUUGGCGACGAGGGCGGCUCAGAUUGCGGCACGUACGGGAAGGCUGGAUGCCGAACUGAGCAGUUCGCCAUUGGGUCGGUCUUCUAUUCACUGACUCGCGGUUACGAUCCGUUUGAAGACGAAUGGUGGGGCCCGGAUCACGGUCCAAUCCGUCGCUUGGAGUACGAUGGCGUUAUAGGGAGUUGCUGGAAUGGUCGGUAUCAGUCCAUAAAAAACCUCGCCGCUGAUCUUGCCGCUGUGGAUGGAGAUGCCUGGAGGGUCACUUGCGAGGAGGACCCUCUUUGGGUCAAGGCAAGAGUACAUGAGUCUGAGACGAUUGCCCAAAACGGAGUUUUGGAGCAAUUAAUAACUUGCUAG